CAAUCCUCCUCUACCAGCUCAUGUAAUUUACCCCUUUCCAACCAAAGAUAGGGGCUUUCAUGAACAAUUUCAUCAAUUAAGAAAAUUACUUUUUGUUCUCUUAUAUGUUCCUGAUUUUUAAUUGUCUGUGCUGUGUUGGGGUAUCCUGUUGUGUGUGUUGCGAAUGGGAGAAGAUGCUAAUUGAUGAGGGUAGAUAGGUGGUGUGUGACGGUUGAUGAAGGUGAAGGUUCACUGGGUUGGUGAAGCAGUGAGAAAUAGGUGUUGAUGGACUUGAGUUGCUACUUAUUAAUAAUAUGCAGAGUGCAAAUGGACUUGGCCUAGAAGCAACUAGGGCCAAACCACAAUAAAUUUCCCCAGUGACACCAUCCCAAAAUGUGUAAAUAUCCUAAUCAUUCUCUCAGCAUAUUGCUGUUCAUGAAGGAAGAAAAAAUGUUGCACAUGUGAUUAUGAGUUUAACUGGAACCUUCUUUCAUGUUUGAAACAUGGGUGUUGCUUUGGUACCCUUUUAAACGGGUUUGGGUACCCUUUCUCAUGGAGCCAAUGAAGAGAUACCAUAAGUGAAUUGGUCAUCCACGUAGGUGGGGACCCUCUCGUUUUUCAGGGAUCCUUUUAUUUUCCUUCGCAAUGGGUCCUCGACAGUGCCAAGUCUGCAUCGAAGCUUUGUCCAAGUACAAGUGCCCUUCAUGCUACUUACCUUAUUGUUCUCUGGUCUGUUACAAGAAACACAAAGAAUUGCCAUGUGUCAAGCCGCAACCUUUGGAGGUCAUAACAACCGCUGUUUCAGAAUCACUUGUAGAAAAGACAUUAGUAGUUGAUGAAAGAAGUGAGGUGUUGCAAAAAUUCCAACUGGAGGCAAUAGCCACCGUUUCAGAAUCACUUGUAGAAAAGACAUUAGUAGUUGAUGAAAGAAGUGAGGUGUUGCAAAAAUUCCAACUGGAGGCAAUAGCCUCUUCUAGGGAGAUUCGUGAUUCUUUGAAUGAUAAAGCCCUUCAAGAUUUAAUUUGUCGUAUUGAUUCUUCCCCAAAUGCAAAGGAUGAACUUGAUAAGGCUAUGGCAGAGGAGGCAUUUCGCUUGUUCACUGACAAGAUUUUAUCAACCAUCAAUUCCUAACUGCAAACACUGGUUGCUGAAAGGAGAAGUUGUGCAAUAUGAAAGGAGCCGCAGAUAGACCCUCCAAAUUUUGCUGGUUUUGGUUAAUAUUGCUUUUUCAUUUGUACAGUUUUUCGCUGUGAUUCAGCCUUUAAUAUAUGAAAAAUUUUGAAUCUUCAUUGUGGCAUUGUAUUGAUAAAAAGAGUGAUUUUCCUUUGAUCAUAUGAUUGAUACCA